AUGGGAGGAGUUGGCAAAACAACUCUGGCACAAUGUAUCUAUAAUAAGCUCAAGAAUGAAACUAUGUUCUACGACAAUAUAUUUUGGUUCACUGUCUCAAAAGAUUUAAACAUUCACAAAUUGCAGAAUGACAUUGGAAAAGCCCUGAAUCUAGAUCUUUCCGAUAAAGAUGAUGAGCACAAAAGGGCAGCCAAAUUGGGUUGGGCAUUGGAGAGAAAGAAGAGAUUUGUACUCAUGUUGGACGAUGUCUGGACUCCUUUUUCUUUACAGAAGAUUGGAAUUUCUCCCUCUCUUGCUACCUAUGGAUUCAAGAUGGUAGUAAUUACUCGAUCAAGAGAAGUGUGUCACAAAAUGGAAUGCCAGAAGCAUCUGAAAGUAGAAGCUCUUUCUGAAGAAGAAGCUUGGAAGCUAUUUAUGAACAAACUUAGUUAUGGUAUACGACUUCCACCCAAAGUGGAAGAGGUAGCAAGAAAAGUGGCAAAAAAGUGUGCUCGUUUGCCACUUGCAAUUGUCGCAAUGGCCGGAAGCUUGAAAGGGGUGAUUGACAUCCAUGAGUGGAGGGAUGCCCUGGAAGAACUGAAAGAAUCUUGUAUGGGACGAGAUGUCAUGGAAAAUGAAGUGUUUCCAAUACUCUUGUGUAGUUUUAAUCGAUUGAGGGAUCCAAUACUAAAGCGUUGCUUCUUGUAUUGCUCGUUAUAUCCAGAAGACCAUGGUAUUCAAAGACACAAAUUGAUAACAAAUUUCAUUUCAGAGAAGCUGAUGGAAAGAAGAACAAGCAGGCAAGCAUACUUCGAUCAAGGUCACAAAAUAUUGAAUAAAUUGGAGAAUGUUUGCUUAUUGGAAAGAUGUGAAGAAACUCACUAUGAAGAUGGAGGUGUGAAGAUGCAUGAUCUAAUAAGAGACAUGGCUUUAAAGAUCACUAAAGAUGAGUACAUGGUAAAAGCUGGGCUUCAGUUGAAGGAAAUACCAGAGGAGCAGGAAUGGAAGGAAGAUUUGGAUAAG